CGUGGCCGUGGAUGUGGGAUGUGGACCUGAAUGUGAUGUGACUUGGAUGUGAUGUGUAUGUGGCUUUGGAUGUAGCUGUGGCCGUGCCUGGCCCUGCUGCUGCAGCUCCGACAUCCCCAGCCGGCCCCAUGGCAUCCUAUUCCUCCUCUGGGCCAGGCCAGCCCAAGGCCAAGUUUGGUCCCUUUAAGAAGCGAGCCACCCUGCAGGCCGCCUCUGCAGUGCCAAUGAAUGCCCGGAGUAGCUUGGGGGGCCCUCCGCUGCAGUCUGCCCGGUCCCUGCCUGGCCCUGCGCCUUGCCUCAAACAUUUUCCGCUGGACCUGCGCACCUCUAUGGACAGCAAGUGCAAGGAGAUUGCUGAGGAGCUGUUCAGCCGCUCGCUGGCCGAGAGCGAGCUCCGCAGUGCCCCAUAUGAGUUCCCGGAGGAGAGCCCCAUCGAGCAGCUGGAGGAGCGGCGGCAGCGCCUGGAGAGGCAGAUCAGCCAGGAUAUCAAGCUGGAGCCAGACAUCCUGCUUCGGGCCAAGCAAGAUUUCCUGAAAACAGACAGUGAUUCAGACCUCCAGCUCUACAAGGAGCAGAGCGAGGGCCAGGGGGAUAGGGGCCUGCGGGAGCGGGAUGUGGCCCUGGAGCGGGAAUUCCAGCGUGUCACCAUAUCCGGAGAGGAAAAGUGUGGGGUGCCGUUCACAGACCUGCUGGAUGCAGCCAAGAGCGUGGUGCGGGCACUCUUCAUCCGGGAGAAGUGUAUGGCCCUGUCGCUACAGAGUUUCUGUCCCACCACCCGGCGAUACUUGCAGCAGCUGGCCGAGAAGCCCUUGGAGACCCGGACCUAUGAGCAGGGCCCGGACACCCCUGUGCCUGCUGAUGCCCCUGUACAUCCCCCAGCACUGGAGCAGCACCCCUAUGAACGCUGUGAGCCCAGCACCAUGCCUGGGGACCUGGGCUUGGGUCUACGCAUGGUGCAGGGCGUGGUGCAUGUCUACACGCGCAGGGAGCCCGAUGAGCAUUGUGCGGAGGUCAAGCUGCCGUACCCUGACCUGCAGGAGUUUGUGGCCGAUGUCAACGUGCUAAUGGCCCUGAUUAUCAACGGCCCCAUAAAGUCCUUCUGCUACCGUCGGCUGCAGUACCUGAGCUCCAAGUUCCAGAUGCAUGUAUUACUCAACGAGAUGAAGGAGCUGGCGGCCCAGAAGAAAGUGCCGCACCGUGAUUUCUACAACAUCCGCAAGGUGGACACACACAUCCAUGCCUCAUCCUGUAUGAACCAGAAACAUCUUCUGCGCUUUAUCAAGCGGGCUAUGAAGCGGCACCUGGAGGAGAUCGUGCAUGUGGAACAGGGCCGGGAGCAGACGCUGCGGGAGGUCUUCGAGAGCAUGAACCUUACAGCCUACGACCUGAGCGUGGACACGCUCGACGUGCAUGCGGACAGGAACACUUUCCACCGCUUUGACAAGUUCAAUGCCAAGUACAACCCCAUCGGGGAGUCCGUCCUCCGAGAGAUCUUCAUCAAGACCGACAACAGGGUUUCUGGGAAAUACUUUGCACACAUCAUUAAGGAGGUGAUGUCGGACCUGGAGGAGAGCAAGUACCAGAACGCGGAGCUGCGGCUCUCAAUCUAUGGCCGUGCCAGGGACGAGUGGGACAAGUUGGCACGCUGGGCCGUGAUGCACCGUGUGCAUUCCCCAAACGUGCGCUGGCUUGUGCAGGUGCCCCGCCUCUUCGAUGUAUACCGGACCAAGGGCCAGCUGGCCAACUUCCAGGAGAUGCUGGAGAACAUCUUCCUGCCCCUCUUUGAGGCCACUGUGCACCCCGCCAGCCACCCCGAACUGCACCUCUUCUUGGAGCAUGUGGAUGGCUUUGACAGUGUGGACGACGAGUCCAAGCCAGAGAACCAUGUCUUCAACUUGGAGAGCCCCCUGCCCGAGGCCUGGGUGGAGGAGGACAACCCGCCUUAUGCCUACUACCUGUACUAUACCUUUGCCAACAUGGCCGUGCUCAACCAUCUGCGCAGGCAGAGGGGCUUCCACACAUUUGUGCUGCGGCCACACUGUGGGGAGGCUGGACCCAUCCAUCACCUGGUGUCGGCCUUCAUGCUGGCUGAGAACAUCUCCCAUGGGCUGCUUCUGCGAAAGGCUCCUGUCCUGCAGUAUCUGUACUACCUGGCCCAGAUUGGCAUUGCCAUGUCUCCACUCAGCAACAACAGCCUUUUCCUCAGCUACCACCGCAACCCCCUUCCUGAGUACCUGUCUCGUGGUCUCAUGGUCUCCCUCUCCACUGAUGACCCCCUGCAGUUCCACUUCACCAAGGAGCCGCUGAUGGAGGAGUACAGCAUCGCCACCCAGGUGUGGAAGCUCAGCUCCUGUGACAUGUGUGAGCUGGCCCGCAACAGCGUGCUCAUGAGCGGCUUCUCCCACAAGGUGAAGAGCCACUGGCUGGGACCCAACUACACUAAGGAGGGCCCUGAAGGCAAUGACAUUCGUCGCACCAACGUGCCAGACAUCCGUGUGGGCUAUCGCCACGAGACGCUGUGCCAGGAACUAGCGCUCAUCACGCAGGCUGUCCAGAGCGAGAUGCUGGAGACCAUCAUGGAGGAGCCGGGCGUUCCACCGAGCCCAGGGGCUCAGUGAGCCUGGGGCUAGAGCUCUCCGUGGCCCUCUCUGCAUGUGUUCGUCCUUCGUUCUGUCCUGCAUGUCUCUGCCCUGUCCUUAAUGUCUGCCCAGGCCGCCCAAGGGAGGGUCGAGCCUCACCUCUCCACUUCACCCUUGGCUUAGAUGCGCCUGAUCACCCCUGCAGGCACCUGUCCACAGGCUCUAGGGAUGGUUGUGGGGGGCUGGUCCCUCUGGCCAACAGGGGUCCUGUCUAGGCAAAUCUGAGCUUGUGUUUCAGUCUCUGUCCAGUUUGUGUGGCUGGAGAGUGUUGCUCAGGUUCAAGGGGGCAACCUAUAGAUGUGCCCGUGGUGGGCACAGGAUUUUGGGGGACUGUGGGGCUCAAGCAGCCCCAGGGCAGGUGGGUGACCUGCAGGCCUACCUCUGCCAGUCACUGCCUUAUCCAUGCACUUCUGUAUUCUCUGGGUCGGGCCGGAUCGUGUGUGGGUCAGGCAGUUGGUAGGCUCUGCAUCUGCCCUGUCGAGGGGCCAUAACCCCCUGAUCCGUGAAUUUUCACUCGGCCUGGGUCCCAGCCUGUUCCCUCUGUUACAUUCUGGACCGAGGCUUUACUGUGAAAUGCAGUGUUUUCGUACAAUUCAGUCUUUCCUAGUGCAUGAGAAAUAAAGAUUAUUUCAGUAA